AUGGAUGGCAAGUUAAGGCGGGAAAAACACAGAGCGGAACCACUACAACCAACUACUGAAAUUUUGAAAACCAUAUCACCAUCCUCUUCCACUUCGGAAAAAUCAACGAAAAAACGCCAUCGUCUUCGAAGAUCCACAGAUAAUUUUGAUUCCGAUGAUGCGGAAUUAAUAACUACCCGCUCCGAAGUACAAUUAUCUGCCAAGGGCUCCAAACCCAUUGCAGGCGUAAUGGGUGGAGGUUUUGUGACACCUCCAACAGCUGCCAAAGAUAUCGAUAUCGAAAACGCUGUGACCACAGUAGCGUUAAUAACGAAUCAAAACGACAACGAAACCACGAAGAGCCGUCAACAACCCCCCUCCGGAGAAAAUAUCACCCAUAAACAAAUGCACGAAAAGCUCUUGGAAAACGACGGGUGUGACAAGACACCCCCUACCCCGUCGAGUAAAGGGGAAAAGGUAAAACAUAAACCCCAUAAAGAAUCUAAAUUUGCCGAAAAGUUAAGGCGUAGUUUUCGCAGGGCCGAACAUAAGUCGCUGGAAAUAAAACGCCAAGAUAAAAUCGAUGCCACGGAACGAGGUGGAGCAGGAGGAGGUCUAAGACCUUUGCAUCAACAGUUACAAAAUUCGGCAUCGAUUUUUUCCCUAACCAAUCUUCCAGGUCUUGGGGGUCAUAUCAAUCCUGCCCUGCUACUCGAUAGUCCUGACGAAAGUACACCACCCGAAUUUGCCUAUCGCCAUUUGAGUAGUGUGGCCACCACGAAUUCCAGUACCUCGCUGGAAUCGAAUUUUUGUGAGAGCCCUACCACCAGCAUUAGCUAUUGGGCCUGGCAUAUGAACAACAACAACAGUAUGGGUGGAGAAGUGAGCACAAAUUCUAACCCCAACUCAAAUCAGGGUAACAAUCGGAAUCUCACAGCACCCUCACAGCAAGAGGUGGCGGCUGGGGGAACAGGGUCGCGAAAUAGGCGCUUGGAACAGCAGAGUAGCAGUAAAAGUGAUCAGGGUGGCGGCGGAGGAGGGACUUCCGACCAUCCCAAUGUCACCGCUGAUAGUCGCAGCUGCAGCACAGCCAGUGAAAGCAGUACUGCAGCCAAGCUAACCCGCCUACAGAAUUUCCUUUUCAAGUCCAGCAAUGAAAGUUCCCGCAGCAUUCAGGGUCACUCGAAUGAAGGCUUUACCAUCUCCUCCUUUAAUUCGUCUUCGGGAGAAUGGGAGAAUCUCUGCAACUUUCCCUCAACAAGUCAGAAUCUCAAUCACCCUGAGGAUGCAACACAAUUUCCCCUCUCGCAAGAGGAAGAAACAGUUCCGCACCAGAAACACAAAGAAAACCUCUCGGAUUCCAAUGGCUCCCUUCGCAACUACUACCAAUAUACCCUGGCCUCGCCGAGCAAUCCAUUCCUACCCGAAAUCACCGCACGCACCUAUCACAGUACCUACGAGGAGGAAGAAGAAGAGCGGGAUCUCGAAGAGGAACUCGAUUCAAAUGUGACCUCGGUAAAAUAUCGCAUAGGUUGUCAUUCGGCCCAGCUACCCACCCCGAACUAUAGUCGUACAGGGUCACAAGAAUCCACCCACAGUGAAUAUGCAGGGGGAGCCUACGGCGGUGUCCCCAGUGGUCUGGCCUCUUCCACUCGCUAUGACAGUUCCAAUUCCUCGCUGGGCGGCACCUCUACCCCUGGCAAACACAAACGGAAACUUUUUAGCCUCUCAACACCCACGAAGCUGGAUUUCCCUCACACCACACCGAUCAGCAGCAGUAGCAGUCAGGCCUCUCAUCAAUCGAUAGCUUCGAAAAAUCCUUCCUCUUCAUCUUCCUCGUGUAAUCUAGUACGUAGCCUUAAUCCUUUUUUGCCUUCCACAACGGUGACCUCAUCAUCGCCGCCACAGCGAACCGCCUCUUCGAGCAGUCUUAAUAAACAACAACGUAUGGGACCAUUUAAACAACAGGCUGUUACCUCUCCGAUUGCCAUACCACCGGCGAGUGGUGGUGGUGGUGGCAACAUCAUGGGUAUGACUCAAAUGUCAGGAUCUGGAUCGGGACCGUUGCGAGAUUUAAAUGCCCGGCGUGAGGAAUUUUUAAAGGCCACAAUGCAGAUAUGUUUGGUGGUGUCACCACCCUCAUCGAGAUUGCAGUUAAAAUCCAAAAGUCUUACCCAUUUAGAUGGCUUGGAAUCGGAGAUGGUUUGCAAUCAUGCAAAAAAUUCCAAUACUACAUUAGCCUCCAUUACAUCAACGCUUACCACCGCUUAUCCACUAUCCUCGCCCUCAUCCCUAUCACCACCACUGCCACAGUAUCAUGCAAGUGGUGGCAGUAAUGUUAAACCACCACCCGCAAGACCCCUCUCACCUGUACGUUCGUUACAUCCGAAAUUCUUUGCCUCGGCUACACGGUCGUCACGGCGCACCCCACCCACCAUUUAUACCCAGGCGCCACAGCAGCAACCAACCACCAAAUCAUUACCCAAUAAUUUGAAUUCACCUACCUCGACACAACACCAUCCCUACCACCAACCGCACACGCACCUGCAUCAUCCCCACCACCUCCAUCAGCAGGCCCAGCCACUGCAGCAUGGCCACUAUGAGGGGUCGUCGUCGUUGUCGUCAUCGUCCUGCACCACCACCACGACCUCUGCCUGCUGUAACAGUAGAAUUUGUUCCUAUCACAUAGGCAGUGUUCCCCCAGCCUGCAGUAGCAGGAACAAUCUACCACAACAACAAAUGUCCUCCUCCACCACCUCUCAUCAUCAUUAUCAUACCAAUAAAUUUCAGAGUGAUGUUGGUGUUGUCGUCUCGUCCACGUCCUCCACGAGUAAUGUCAUUGGCGCCAUUUCAUCAUCGUCACCAUCCAGCAGUUCCCAGCAUACGCUCAAACCUUUAGCAUUGCCUUUGCCGCCUAGCAGCCACACCUCCGCCGCAGCAGACAAUAUUGCCUCUACGACACUGUCGCACGGUUCAUUGGCGGCGGACCAAAUGGGCUCCGGCUCAAUAUCGUCAACCUCAAGCCUAUAUCCGUAUUCGCAUGGUGCUGGCGGUUGUCUAACACCCACCGGCAGUGUCGGCACCUCGACCACCACCACCAGCCACAAGAAGAAGUCCUCAUUUUUGCAACGUAAAAAACCGAUACUCACUCGUAGUGAG